GGACACAGAAGAGGACAAAGAACCCCCUGAAAGAACAAGCCCGCGCAGCGACGUUGUGCGCAGCGAAGAAGUUGUUCCAGCGGCGGGGACCACGACCUUCAGCAAGCAAUAGGAAUAGGAGCAGCUGCAGCGAACCAAAGACGUGCUCUUCCGAAGGCGAAGAUUCUGGUGGUCGCAGCAGGAGCUGCUAUGCGACUCCAUACUGUGGUAUGCGUUCGGAAGUAGAUGAUGGGGUGCAAAUGCAACUUGUAAUAUCGGGCGGAAGAAAAAAACAAAAUCUGAAGAUCGAUGCGGAUCUCGUAAGAAAAACAAACAGUCGACGCGCCGACCCAACAGCACCUUCGCCUUCGGGAAAAAAAUGCAGAACAGAAUGCGGCGACGGAUGGAAAUAUCAUGCGGGCCAAAGUGAAGAUCAAGAUGUAAUAUCAGAGACAAAGAACAUGGACAGCGCAAGAACAUGUGGAAACUCUCGUGCACGCCGAGCACCAAACGCAAACCCGGGACGAAGAGCACGAGAUCGACACGGGCGAGUGUCAGGAAUAACACCCCCAGUGAAGACGAGUGUCGUUGGACCGCGCAGGAGGAGUUCUUCCUGCAAUACUGGUAGUUUCACCGUGCUCCGCAUUGGAAGAAAAGCAAAAAGAAGGAAUAACCCCACUGCAGCAGGAGCGGCGUCGAGAGAAACAUCAAUUCCAAGAGCGGGAGCGCAACACUUGGCCUGCUCCACCAGGAGCCAUUUAUCCUUUUCAUCAACUUGUAGUUCUUCUUCUUCUCGCUUUUCGAUGAUCAACAGCAAUAUGUUGGACUACACUCCUGCCACCUCUAGUACUCCGAGGAGAUCUCUAGCGCGAACAUCAAGCCGAGCCAGCUCCAGCAUGUUCUCUCGGAACAAACGAAAAGUCAGAUGGUCCUGUUGUGCUGCCGCGGCCACCGUGUAUCAUGCUGCGCUGAGUUGUUCUUGCGUGCUGAUCCUGGUCGUGUUCCUCUCGGACCUGCAGCUUUUAUUUCCCGCCGGUUUAUUUGAAGAUCAUGAUCAUCUUCACGGACACGGACUAAGUUCUGUGGUUCAACAAUCAAGCUUAAGUACAAGCAGUCUGUUCUUUCACGAAGAGAGAAGUAGCACCCCGGCGUCGACGUCCACGCAGGAGCUACUGCAGCAAUCAUUCCCUGCUCCACUGGAAGAACAAAAACAUCACUACAGAGGUGGACGAGGACCCGUGUUCUUCGUCUCCGCUUUUUCUCCCGCAACCACCUCCACACUGCCGACGUUGAAGGCAAUAAAGCGAGACGUGGGAACAAGACGAUCUUUAACACGGGAGCGCAAAUUGCGGGCAAGCGCGACAACGAGGAAAACCGAGCAGGGGACGAAAACUGGUAAAGAAACGAGCGCGAGCACAUUACAAAGUGGCACGACUGGUGACACUGCUGCUCCACGGUUACAACUAUCCGAAGUUGCGAUCUCAGCUGAAGAAGGAACGUCAAAGAGCACCGAUAAACGACUUACAGCACCAGCACCAGAGGAGCAGCAGCGUCGCGAACAAGACUUGGCAAGAGGCGAAUUAGAAGAAUUACCUCUACAACCGUUAGUACCGCAGCAAAGAGCAGAAAACGACCAAGAACGACCUCUGCCUCGGUCAAAGAAACAGCGAAGAAAGAAGAAAAUAAUCAAGACCACCACGGGCACAAAUCAGCAACUGCGCUUUCAGCUCCUCGAUGUUGAUGGGCCUCGGAAUAAAGACCAAGAAAAAGCGGCGUCCUCAACAUCUGCCACAAAAAUGACAAGUGACGCUUCAGUAGAAAAAGCCGCAGCUGCGUCUUCAGAUGAAAUUGAAGCCACAAAAAUGCCCUCCACCACCUCCGGAGAUGAAGCUCCUGGUAGAAGUGCAACUGCAACUUUGACCGAGUCUUUCCGGAAAGGUAAAAAAUCUACGGAUAAAAAUACGAAGCACGACAACGAGCAGGAUAAGAAAGCUCGACCACAGCAAGUCGAAGCGAGAAGCGAAAGCAGGAUGAGAAAACAACAGAUGACGAGAAGAUGUUGACUGUAGGCACUGCCACGGGUAGGGCAAGCUCAUCCCGCCAGUUGGAGUUCACAGUGGGUGCUGGAUGUGCCUGCGAAAGCGAAAGUAAGUCGACCAUCGGUAGAGGUCGCACUUCCUGCAGCGAAGCUGAACGUGGUGCAGCAAGAAACGUCGACAGGAAGUAGAAAUCAUGCGGAUAAUAUGAUCUCCACCGCGAAAGCAGUAGAACAGGGCGAGCACCAGGAGGUCCUCGAGGAGCUACAAGAAGAAGGAGGAACUACUUCUGGCACGCAUUCUUCUUCCGCGCAACAUGAAACGAAAACGAAUUCGGCAGUGGGAGAGUUUGUCGGCUUUUUCAAGGGCGUAGCAGAAAAGAUCUUCUCGGAGAAUUUUUCAGCUGGUGCAAGAACAGACACUACAACUUCUACGCAGAAGGAUGAAAGUGAACAAAGUGCGGGGGCAGGGACGUCGACCAAGACGUCGCGGUCCAAGAGGACCAGCAAAGAUGCGAC